AUGACCCCUUAUGGCUGCCUCUCCACAGGAGACAAGACUGGACUGAUCGAGGUAGUCAUGCACUCGGACACCAUCGCCAACAUCCAGCUGAACAAGAGCAACAUGGUGGCCACCGCCGCCUUCAACAAGGACGCGCUGCUCAACUGGCUGAAGUCCAAGAACCCCGGUGACGCGUUAGAACAAGCGAUAGAGGAGUUCACCCUGUCCUGUGCUGGGUACUGCGUGGCCACCUACGUGCUGGGGAUCGGGGAUCGGCACAGCGACAACAUCAUGAUCCGGGAGACUGGCCAGGAUUCCCUGGCUCUUGGGAAGACGGAUGAGGAGGCACUGAAGCACUUCAGGCUGAAGUUUAACGAAGCCCUGCGAGAGAGCUGGAAAACCAAAGUGAACUGGCUGGCACACAACGUGUCCAAAGACAACAGGCAGUAG